AUGUUUUCAAGCACUUUUUUCCACAGACACUUUACAUUGUUUGUUCAGACUGCCACUGAUGCGCUAUCGAUCAGUUUAACCGUACUGUUUCGUGAUCGAGCUAUCGCCUGUCUACCGCUUUACAGUAAUAAUUACCGACCUUUUACGUCGGCUUUAUUGGUUGGUCUCAAAGACGCAGAAGCAUCGGUCAGUGUGGUACAUGGAGCUUAUGCUGAGGCCAAAUUUACGGAUUUUAAAGUUGUUUUCGUGGAUAAUUUGGAAGAGGUUGUUCGGAGCAAAGCAGUGGAAAGCGCUCGUGACACCACAAUGAGAAAGCAGCGAGAAACAUCACUGGAAGAAGCAUGGAUCAAUGGUCAGGAAACAAUACGUACAAAUUUCGCUUUGUUUCCGCUGGGCGUUUGUAAAAUAAUCUCCAAAAAAGUAAAGCGUUCAGCAGACGACAGUCGGAUGUUUGUGAUAUCGGUGCAGUGCUCUUUCAAAGGACUCACUUUUGACAUCGACAGUAAUAUUGGACAUCUACUUGGAGCACUUAAAAAUACUUGUGCUGCCAUUGAUGAAGAUCAGGAUCUGGAUCCAAGUGAAUAUCAGUCUCUAAAAGUCACAUUGGGCGAAGCAGAACACGAUGAAGAUCUCGAUCCAAAAAACGAAUACGCUUGUCUCGUAAAGCCAGAAAGCCGAAUUCGCUGGGUUGAACAAAAAGUUAGUAUUAUCCCGCUGCUUAAAUACCACUGA